UUACAUCACCCGGUUUCAAGUGGUACUAUACUACUUUGUCCGUUAAAGCUCCAAAGUUUACGUCAGCAUAUCCUCUUAAUUACACUUUUCGAUAAAGAUAACUCACCUAGACGCUAUUAGAAAUUGUAGUCAAAGUCUCUUUAGUUGCGGCAGUUAAGAGCGGUGCUGAACGCGAGUAUAUAUACUUUGACUGUAAGUUGUAUCGGCAGUUUGUGAAAGCCAUCGUUGCUGCGUGGACACGCGCACCAGACACCGAAGUGUGAAAAAGCUCGGGACUCUCAGUUGAAAGGCAUCAAGCGUCGAACGACUACAAGUGCAAUCCAUAGCAAGGAACUAUGGAAUCGUAUCAAACACACGAUCACAGUUGACUAUUACUGCUACUCGCUGCGUUCGCCAUUGUCAUCGAUUGACAAUUAUUUACGUCUUGUUUCCAGACAUAAACAAGAUUUGUGAAAGAUCAAAGGAUUUUGAAAAAGAAUUUUAAAUUGACAAAAAUGCUGUCUCGCUGGGCUGGUUGCUGUAUCGCAGUGCAGCAGAGAUGGGUUUUCGCCGUGAUGGCUUUUUUGGCCUUGUUCAACGCUUACGCGAUGCGCAUGUGCCUGUCGAUCACGAUCACCGAGAUGGCCCAACCGGUCAACUUUACCCAAGAGAUGAUUGACCUCGAGACCUGCCCAAAUCUCGAUAAUCAGCUGGGAAACGGCACGAGCGUCACCGUCACUGGAGGUGGCAUUUACCAAUGGGAUGAGCAUCUUCAGGGCAUCAUUUUAUCGUCGUUCUACUGGGGCUAUGUCAUCACCCACAUUCCUGGCGGGCUUCUGUCGGAGAGAUUCGGCGGCAAGCAUACCCUCGGCUGCGGACUGCUGUUCACCGCCAUCUUCACCAUCAUGGUGCCGCUGUGCGUCCAGUGGGGCGAGUCGACGGCCCUGAUAAUCUUGCGAGUGCUCAUGGGCCUCGCUUGCGGCGUCAUCUUCCCGUCCCUGAACACGCUGACGGCUCACUGGGUGCCCCAGCAGGAUCUCUCCCUCAUCACCGCCCUCAUCUUCAUCGGCGUGGACCUCGGCGCGAUCGGAGCCACGACCCUCUCGGGCAUCAUUCUCAAGCACUACAGCUGGCCCAUCGUGUUCUACUUCUUCGGCGGCGUGGGCCUCCUCUGGUACGUGCUCUGGCUCGUACUGUGCUACAACGACCCGGAGGAGCACCCGUUCAUCUCGAAGCGCGAGACGGCCUACCUGAGGGAGGCCCUCAACGGCCACACGCACAAGAACACGCCCUCGGUGCCGUGGAGGCACAUCUUGACCUCGCCGCCGUUCUGGGCUCUGCUGGCGGUGCAGGUCGGCCACGACUGGGGCCUGUACACGCUGCUCACCGACCUGCCCAAGUACAUGAAGAACGUCCUCAAGUUCAACGUCGAGACCAACGGCUACCUGUCGGCUCUGCCGAAUCUCUGCUCGAUCAUCUACCUGCUGUUCAUCUCCUGGGCGACGGACAAGUGCGUCAGCGCCAACUGGGUGUCCAAGACCAACGCCCGCAAAGUCAACACGUCCAUCUCGACGCUUCUGCCGGCCGUCUUCAUCAUCGGCGCCUCGUACGCCGGCUGCGAUCGGGUCUCCGUCGUCGUCAUGUUCACCCUUGGCCUCACCUUCAUGGCCAGCAGUCUGCCCGGUAUCAAGGUCAACUCGCUCGAUCUCAGCCCGAAUUACGCGGGUACGAUCAUGGCCCUGACCAACGGCGUGGCCUCGUUCACGGGCAUACUCACGCCCUACCUCGUCGGCGUUCUGGCACCGAAUCAGACUCUCAGCGAGUGGAGGAUAGUCUUCUGGAUCGUCUUCUGCGUCUUCUUGUUCACCAACACGGUGUUCUUGCUGUGCGCGAGCGGCGAUGUGCAGAAAUGGAACGAUCCGGCCUUCCUCAACAAGGAGCGCCAGGAGAAAGAUAAAAAUAAAGCCUGAAUCUCGACAUGAUAUUAUUUAUUAAUUUUGUAUGACUUUUUUUUUAAAUAUACGUAUAUUUGUAUACAAUUCCAUAUAAAUACGACGAAUGUUUUGUUUUGAUUUUUUUACAACUUUUUAUAAGCUUUAGUUUUCUACUUACUAUCGAUCAUAUUUUUCUAUAAAUUCAGUCGACGGCGACUGAGAUAUUACUAUAGUAAAUAAACACUGAAUAUUUGAAAAACUCGCAUGGAGAAAUUUAAACAAAAACGUAACGUUGGCAUUUAUGAAUGAUACGAGUUGAUCUCAUUAAGUAAUUAAUACUCGUGCGAUUACGAGGAAGAUCUUUUAGUUUAAUCAGUAUCUGAUAUUAUACUCGCUUUUAAGAUCGAUAUCGAUCGUUUUUUGCCUAUAAUUUUUAAUUGCAUUAUAUGUGUGCGCCAAUUCAAUUUCGCAAUGUUGUGCAGAAGAAAACAAAGCUCGUGAAAAAAUAUUUUAACUCAAUUAUUCUCAUGUUGAUCCAUUAAUUAGCAAAUUCAUUCAAAUAAAUAAAAGUUGAUUAA